UUGGGCUUAGUGAUGACAAAGAUUCUUUCCUCAUUCAAUUCCAGUGGCUCAACCAAAUUGAACGAGUAGAGAAAGAGGGCUUUUCGACGAAGAUUCUUCACCUAAGAAACAAUCGAGAUUUUAACAAAUGAGUGCAGGAGGAGCAUUUGGUGGAAACAGAGGAGCAAGACCAGUGCCACCAGAAAAGGGUGUUUUCCCCUUGGAUCAUAUGCAUUUAUGUGAUCUGGAAAAGAAAGACUAUAUCAACUGUCUCAAGUUUGAGGGCCAUAAAUCUGAAAAAUGCAGACACUUCUCCAAGAAGUAUCUCGAGUGUCGUAUGGAGAAGAAUUUGAUGGCAAAGCAAGAUAUGUCAGAGCUUGGAUUUCGGAAAGUAGAUGAAUUGCAAGCUCCCUCUCUGGAAGGUUAAAUGAAGAGCAAAUUGUGAAAGUCGGCGCCUUCCAUCUACAUUGGACUCGGAGCACAUCAAGUAAAUGUUAGCGACCCUCUAUAUUGUUAAUUUUAGAUAUGAUUUUGGUGGGAAAUAGGUUAUACGAGGAUAUGUAAAGAUUGUCUGUUUAACAUUAAUUUGAUUGUUUUGCCUGGCAAUCUUUGGAUGAAGAAGACAUUCACUUUGUUUUA